GGGUCAGCAAAUAAGCUUAUUAUUUGAUUAAAUAAACACCUCAAUCUUAUAGAUUUUAAAGCCAUGAAUCACAUAACAUUCUCUUUUUUAUUCAUAGCCAUUUUUUUCUUAAUUUUUUGUCUAUCCUCAACAACAUCCUCUCCAAGAUUAUUACAAGCACGUAGAUCCGUUAUGGAUGAUGAUGAUAAUGAUGAUUUUCAUAAUAACAAUAAUGAUUAUAAUGAUGCCACCCCACCAGCAAUGCCACCAGAUUAUGUUGGAAUUCCAAUGCAACCUCAUCACACUAAACCAGAUCAUUCAGCAACUGAUCAGCAUCCACCUCCUGCUCAUGUUGUACACCCACCCCCCGCAAACCCAACGACAUGCAGCGGGAUGAAUAAACAAGAAUUAUCAAAUUGUAUACGUCGUCAAGUAAAUAGAGAUCUCUGCAAGAAUUAUAACAUAUGUUAAAAUGAUCAAUAAAUUAUUGGAAACGUUUUGAGGCAUCGAAGAAAGGAAAGACAUUGGUGGAUUAGUUUGUUUGACUUUGAUUCUUUGGUUGAAGAUAGGUUAUGGUUUGCUCUAUUUCAUAGAGAGACUCUUAAUAAUGAUUGAUAAUCAUUGAGUAAUGUUGUAAAGUUUUCUAUGUACUUAAUUGUUGUGGUUUGGAUAAUUGAUAUGUUUGUUGUGAUUA